UCUUUACACCGUGACAACGUCGUUCCGCGGAGUGUGUAACCGAGAAUCCGCGUUUAGUCGAGAGUAGUGUGUAUAUUGCGUGUUGGUAGUUUCUCGUGUCCUGCUCCUGAGCCAGUGUCUGCGGGAAACCAUCUUACGGGGGUUCGGGACAAGUGGAAAUCGUCCUGCCAAGUGCCAAAACAAAAAUUGUGAUUCGGAGUUCGGGGAAAACCGGAAGAUCCAGCAUCGGGAUUAUUGACAGAUUACUCUGGAAGGGAAUCGUCGAAAAUUUGUCAUGUGUCGUGGGUAGGUCACGAGAAGUGUAUUCCUUCAAGAGGAACCGACGAAGACCUCCUGGGAGGCUGUCAGGCCUGUCGGAAGUGAGUGCGGACGGGCUUCGGAAAAUAGCACCAAUACCAGUGUACCGUGAAAAACGUGGAAAUUGAGAAGAGUUGAAGCCUUACUACAGGGGGAAAAUUCCGAUAAAUUUGCAAAAGAAUUCCCGAUUAAUCGGAACGCGUUUGAUGGAAUCUGGGUUAGUGGAAAGUUCAGAAAAUCCCUUUGGUCCUUCGAACCGGCUUCAAUAGCUGUCCAAAGCCAGUGGAAACCCCUAGAAACCAUCGAAUUACUCACAAUAAGAAACAAAGUUACUCUCGUCGGGAUAGGAUUCAUCCUUGAAGUAUCUGACCGUGUGUUGGUGGAAAAUCGGUCCUCCAGUUUUACUUUGCUAAGGAUGCUGUGUGUGAGCAGAGAUAUGCGGAAAAGCGUAUCGUCCCGUUUGACGAGAGUUUGGUGGUGAAUUUUGGAAUACUACUACACUGACAGCGCAGUUGUGGGCACCCGAUAUCUGGGAGCACGAUUCGCCAGAAAGAUUUGGGGCAAAGGAGGAUUGUGUGGUGCCUUCAUUUGACAUCUGUCCGAGUUUCAUUCCCCUAAGAAAAAUGGAGUGAGUUUUGUGUAUGAGGUAUUGUGUAUUGGGUUCCGCUAAAGCCUACGCUACCUAAACAAAGCUCCAAGUAGCGGUUUAGCGCAACAAUUCCCUCGAAUAGUGGACGACCCGGGUCAGUCAGUGUCUUUGGCGGUGUGAAUCCGAAUGUGGGUGGAUUGUUCGUGAAAGCCAACUCCACUCCAAAAUAAAGGGGGUAGAUAGCCGUCGAUAGUUGGCAAGAUUUAUGAUCUCCACAUUAUGCGGAGCUGGUCCGAUUUGAAGCUGCUGCUGCCACGAUGAUGGUGUUGAUGAUGCUCAGGCGACGUGGGAAGCAUCGGCAGCAGUCAAGGCGGUGAUAAUCAAAGUUUCGCGCUCUGUGUGUGAAAAAGGGGAGGAUUCCGUUUCCGACAACUUGUGAUUCGAAGUGGCCAACGAAAAUAACACAAAAAAAACUACCGAGUGAAAGUCCGAAAACGAGAGAAAUCAUCACAACCAUGAAUCAGGAUACCAUCCCUAAUCACUAAGCCAUACGAAUCCUUACGAUUCGUGACAACUUCUUCUGUUAAAAUUUUUUUUGAAAAAAUAACGAAAUAAAAAAAAGUCGAAACACCGUGCAUUAUUACCAUCCCAGAAAAGAGUGAUAAAGAGUGAUAACCGAUAGAAAAAAAUCAGUGUUCUCAGCUGUGUUAUGUUAUGUUGUUGAAGUGGGUGUUCAAUGUUUGCCGUUGUCCAAAAAAUGUUCUGUGAUUAUUCUUUGUUUUGAAAUCCUCCGUGUUACAACUACCCCGCAAGUUUGAAAUAAAAAAGGGAAGUCAAAUCAAGUCAUUCAAAUCUUAAGUGAGUGGCAAUCGAGUGUGAAUCAGUAGCAACAGCAAAUGUUUCUGUCUUAGGGAGUUUACAGUCUCAACAUAAGCUCUCAACUACCUACUGCGCUACUAUCACUGCUACUAGCUAGUAACUACUCUACGCGAUAAGUCGACUCCUACAUAACACAUCAAACAUCGUCGAUACGCAUUUAUGGGAUUAAAACAAAACUUCAAAACUUCUAGUGUUCUCUUGUCGUCGUAGCUUUAAUCAUCUAGGAAUACCAAAAUGUCUCAUCAGAGGUUGCAGACUCAAUCGAUUCCAGCUAUUCUAACAGUCUUCUCAGUUCUCCUGCUGGUAUCGUCAGAAGCAGCGGCCCAGCAGCAAAAGUUCCGGGUCAUGCCCCGGGACCUUCAGGUUCUGGAGGGUUCCGAGGCCCUUCUUCGCUGCGAGGUGUACAAUCUGGCCGGUGCCGUCCAGUGGACCAAAGACGGAUUUGCUUUGGGGUUUUCCCAAACGAUUCCCGGCUAUCCGCGCUACUCAGUGCUCGGUGAUCGGGCUCAGGGUGUCUUCAAUCUGCGGAUAUCAAACGCCUCCCUGGAGGACGAUGCCGAAUACCAAUGCCAGGUUGGACCGGCCAAGUUCAAUUCGGCCAUUCGAGCGAAUGCCCGGCUGACUGUGAUAUCACCACCAUCAUCGAUCGAAAUCCAGGGCUACACCCACAACGCCAAGGUGGAGGUGCGGGAGGGCCAGGACCUGACCCUAACCUGUGUGGUCGCCAACUCGAAACCGGUAGCGCAGAUCGUCUGGUACCGGGGGAACACCGAAUAUAAAUCGGACUCCAUCGAGAACAAGGUCACCGAAACGGAUGGGAAACGGUACACGGUAACGUCCCAACUGCGGAUCAAACCCGGCUCCGAUGACGACUACAUGGAGUACACCUGCCAGGCCAAGCACAAGGCCCUCAACCCGGACAAACCGAUGCAGGCCACGGUGCAGCUGUCGGUGUUGUAUCCGCCAGGAGCGCCAUACAUCGAAGGAUAUACUCCAGGAGAAACUCUAAGGCGAGGCCAGACCGUGGAGCUGAUCUGCCGGAGCCGCGGAGGAAAUCCUCCGGCCCAGCUGAUUUGGUACAAAAACGGGGCCCAGGUGCGAAUGGCCUAUCGUACCUCGGAACGGCUUUCGGAAAACAUUUACUCGUUUGUGGCUGAAGCUGGCGAUAACAAGGCGAAGCUGCGCUGCGAAGCCAACAACAUCAUGGCAAAUGCUCCGCUCAAAACGGAGGUGACUCUCAGUGUGUUGUUUGCCCCAACCCACGUAACCAUUUCCGGUCCCUCGGAGGCUCGCGUAGGGGAUCGAGUUCCGCUCCAAUGUCAAACGGCACCCUCGAAUCCGCCGGCUGAAAUCAAAUGGAGCGUUGGCGGUCAUCAGGUGAAAAAUGCCACAUCGAGAACCAUCGAAAGCCCAGACGGCGGCUGGAUCACCACAUCGAACAUCACGGCCCCGGUCGAGAGCGGCAAGCGGUCCCUGGUCGUCAUCUGCCACGGUUUGAACAUGCAGCUGACGGAGAACGUCGUGUCGACUCACACGGUCAACAUUUUGCUGCCGCCUAGCCCCCCGAUAAUUUCCGGUUACGUGGAAGGACAGAUCAUUCCGGCCGGAUCGGUCCAAAAGUUGCUGUGCGUAUCGUCCGGAGGAAAUCCGCUGGCCACCCUCAACUGGUACAAGAACGAUAAAAAGAUAAACUCGGUCAUCAAAACCGUGGACAAAUCGGUCUCAGCCGAGCUAACGAUUCUGGCAAAUGUCACCGAUAACCAGGCUCGCUAUCGGUGUGAGGCUCAGAAUUCCGCCACCGAGAUUCCACUUUUUGAAACGAAAACCCUUAGCGUUCACUUCGCACCCGAAACGGUAAAGAUUUCCAUCGAUCCGCCGGAACUUAAGCCGGGUCUCGAAGCGACGCUAAUCUGCGAUUCCAGUAGCAGUAAUCCGCCGGCCAAGAUAUCCUGGUGGCGGGACGGUAUCGCCGUUCAAGGUAUCAACAACUCCUCCAAGGCAGGACUCUGGGGUGGCACCGUUUCGUCGCUGGAGCUCAAAGUCAACAUCACCCAGGACAUGAACGGAAACGUCUACACCUGCCAAAGUUCGAACGAGGCACUGCAGCGCUCAGUCCACGAGGCCAUCAAUUUACAAGUACUCUACCCGCCAAAGUUCUCUCCACCCCCAUCGUCGACGGCCGUCGGAGUCGAGGGAGAAUCGCUGACCGUUGCCAUGGUCGCUACCGGUAAUCCGAUGUCCAUCGCCUACACCUGGACCAAGGACGGGCUGCCGAUUCUGGCCCAAUCCGGCGUGCAGCGGAUCGUUUCCGAGGGACCGAUCCUGAACAUCACCAAGCUGACCCGGGCCGAUGCCGGAAUCUACACGUGUGAAGCCGUCAACUCCCAGGGCUCGGCGAUGAUUAAUAUCACAGUGGUAGUCGAAUAUGGCGCAUCGAUAAAAUCCAUCUCCGAAAACGUGAUCGUAAAUCCUGGCGAGGAUGCGAUGCUUUCAUGCACUGUUGAAGGCAAACCAUUGAACGAGGAGCACAUUCGCUGGGAACGCAUCGGCUACGACAUGACGAUAAAAACGUCGACGACCUACGCCAACGGAACCAGCUAUCUGCACAUCAAGGACGCCCGCCGCGAGGAUGUUGGCAAUUUCCGGUGCAUCGCCGACAAUCGCGUUGCCAACCCGACCAGCCGUGAUGUUUUAUUGAUUGUGAAAUUCAUCCCGGAGAUCGACAAAUCACCUCCGAUGCUCCGAGCCGCUGCCAGUGCCGGAGAACGAGGUCGGCUUCCAUGCCGGGCCCAAUCGGCGCCCCGCCCCCGCUUCCAGUGGUCCCGGGACGGCAAGAACCUCAACGUCAACCAAACUGCCAAAUACUACGUAGAAAACAAACAAAUCGAUUCGCUGACCUAUGAAUCGAUUCUGCUGAUCGAGAAGGUCGGAUCCUCGGAUUACGGUAUUUAUGAAUGUACUGCUCGGAAUGAACUUGGGCAGGUUAAGGAAAUUGUAAGGUUGGAUGUCACUUCGCCUCCGGAUUCGCCGCUUAGUUUGAAUGUUUUGAACGUUACCCACGAUUCGGUGACGGUGGCUUGGACACCCGGAUUCGACGGAGGAAUGAAGGCCAACUAUCGGAUUCGGUACCGAGAGGCCAGCAGCGAACACUACCGGUACGAGGACAGUUUGCCGAAUUCCCACAAGCUGACGAUUGCCGGACUGAGGAUGAACACGGUUUACUUGUUCUCGGUGAUGGCCUCGAACUCGCUGGGCUCCAGCAAGUACCUUCCGGAUCUGACCAGAGCGCAAACCAAAGACACCCCUCCGUCCCAGCCAUUUUCCUCGCUCGGCAGCAAACCGCCCAACUCGGCCGGCACUGCUGGGGGUUCUCAGGCGGCCACCUCCUCCUCCACGAUCGGGGCUUCCGGGCUGUUACUGCUGAUCGGGGUCGCGGCCGGCAUCUGCCUGGUUCUGCUCAAUAUCCUGCUCAUUGGCUGUUGCAUCCACCGGCGAACUAGCCACAAGCGCGUGAAACGUGGCCUAGAACCCCAGAUGCCCUCGGAGCUGGCGGAAAAGGCGGAACUUCCAAGUUUCGUCAUUUUCUGUAUCGCCCUAGCUGGGCUAUGUCUGCUGGUGGUCAAUGCCGGACUCGUGGCCUGGUUCAUCAUCAAGAAACGCUCCAAAGCAGACUCAUCGAACCAGAACAGCAAAUCGGCCACCAUCGAGAUGUACGCGCCAAGUUCGUACAACGACACGGUUACCGGAGAAACUUUGUCCAGCGUUUCGGAGAAGAGUGAUUCCUACUCGAACGAUGGCAGCCAGCCGGACUACAUGGAUGAAACUCGCAAGAAAGCUGCCUCAACAUAUCUGGUGGAAAAUCCGGACAUGCCACCGCCUCGUUAUCAGAAAGAUGGCACCCUGCCCCACUAUCCGAACAACAUCAAUGCAGCUCACACCCGGACCCUGCCCCAUCCGAGGCACCAGAAUAUGGCCCAGGAACUGCGCAGCCGGGACGAUCAGUUGCUGGGGAAGAAUCAUUAUGUGACUGCUCCCUCUCCAGGGCCACCGCUAGAUGGCAGCUACUACAACAUGAACAGCGACCGGUACCUGUCCUAUCCGCCAAUGGACUACCCGCCAAUGGAAUUCUCCACCCCGCCUCUCCCGGUGAUACCGGCUCUGCCCACGAACGGAACCCUGAGGAGGGGAACCCGCGCUGCCGUCCCACCCCCGGAUGUAACGCACCACACGCAGCACACCGUCAAGUCGCUGCACGAUUCGUCCGCCUCGUCCGGAGGCCUCAUGAACAUCAGCCAGGUAUCGCAGUCGACUCCGAAGCAACCGCAGAGCAUCCUGAAGGACCCGAACAAGCCUCGGAACAACCUGCAACAGCAACAACAGCAACAGCAGCUGCAGCAACAAUCCGGGCUUCCGACGGUGAAUCACCUGAACAGUAUCGGCGGUGGCCUUACGAUGCUGGGCGUCACCCAGAACCCAUCGCCGGUUCCCAUGGUCGGAGGCCUAGUGGUUCCGGUUCCGGGUGGAGGAGGAUCCGUGAUGGGCCCCGGGCCCGGUAGUUUAGGAAACAAUUUACUGAUCGGAACGUACGAUCCGAGCAGUACCAAUCUGAGCUCGUUCAACGCGUCCCUUGGCUAUACGGACGCCGACGGACAUCUAGUGUAGGACAAUUACACGUGUGUACACGAACUUAAGCUAAUGCUGGUAGUCUAAAGAAACAAAAAAAAACACGUAGUCUAGGGAGGCAAGCCAAAUUUGUGAGCGAGAGAGCGAGAGAGCGUAACCGAAUAUUCUAACAACCACUCAAAGAAACAAAAAAAACGAAUAACGAAAGAGAUUUUAAAGAAUAAAUUAGGCAAAAAUCAACAAAACGAAAAUGACAAAAAAAAACAAAACUCACACAAGAAUAGAGGAAAAAACGCAGCAUACUUAUGAAGUUGGAAAAGGAAGAGUUCGAAAGGGGAAAAUCGCGAAAGCGAACUAGUUAAGUACACGGCUUCCGGGCGAAUGAAGCAAAACAGUCGAGAAAACACGAAACACAAAGAGAAUUAAGACAAAGAUAAUUCUAUUAAUUAAAACAAAAAAAACGCAAGAAACACAAAAACAAUCUUUUUAACUUUAAUCGUAAAUUAUCGUAACGGUAAACACAAUUUAAUUGUUGAGUUUUAAGCAGUUGGGUGAACUAAUGGGAGCGAUUCGAGUGAGAGAGUCAAACAUUUUUGAACGAGAGAAUUCGAACGGACGAGUCAAGCGCAUGUUACAAAACAUAUGAAUCACAAUCUCUUAUCGAUCAUUGCGUCGUCGUUUUGUUAAAUGCUAGUGAUAAUAUUAAUGUUUUACUUUUAGUUUCCUUUUACUGACAGUUAGUUUUAAACGGAACCGAAAACCACAAAAUAAGGUGUGUGAAUAACGCGACGGGUUUUUUUAGUGUGAAAAAUUAAGCGGAAAACCAAGUCUUCUCAGUUGAAAACAGUUUUUUUAACAAAGGAAAUCUAUUCUGUUUUAACGUUUUUUUUAUUUUUUGCAUGUUUUUUUUUUGCUUUUGUUUGUUUUAAAAUGAACUCAGUGAUAGAUUAAUUCUACUAUACGUACUUUACUUUUGAAAAAAAGUUCGAUGUUGGUUUGUGGUUCGAGUUUCAAAUUUUAUCAAAUGAAUCGCCUUCCACAAAGAGGAAAAAAAUGAUUUAAGAAUCUAAGAAAAAACUGAAAGAUUCAGAAAACCAGCAACAAAUUAUAAAGAAAACCAAAAUGAGAAAUCAGGAACACAACUCAGAUAUUAGACAUCAGAAUCAACAAUUGAAAACCUAAAUCAGAUAUCAGAUACAAGAAUAAGAAAUCAGAAACAAUAAGGAACAGAAAUUCGAAAAAUACGAGAAAUCAGAGGAAUCAGAGAAAUCAUAGAAAUCAGAAAAAUCAAAGAAAUCAUAAAUCAGAGAAAUCCGAGGAAACCAAGAAAUCCGAGAAAACCAAGAAAUACGAGAAAUCCGAGGAAUCCGAGUAAUUUUAGAAAUCAGAAAAAUCCGAGAGAUCCGAGACAUCCGAAAAAUGAGGGAAAUCAAUGAAAUCAAAGAAAUCAGAGAAUUCAAAGAAAUCGGGAAAAUCCAAAAAAUCCGAGAAAUCUGAAAAAAAUAAAAAAUCCAAGAAAUCAGAGGAAUAGGAGAAAUCCGAGAAAUUCGAGAAAAUUUGAAAAAUCCGAGCGAUCCGAGAAAUCCGAGAAAUCCGAGAAAACUGAGAAGUUUGAGAAAUCCAAGAAAUCGAAGAAAUCCGAGAAACCCGAAAAAUUUAAGAAAUCCGAGAAAUCAGAGGAAUCCGAGAUAUCCGAAGAAUCCGAGAAAUCCGAAAAAUCUGAAAAUCCGAGAAAUCCGAGGAAUCCAAGAAAUCCGGGAAAUCCAAGAAUUUCAAGAAAUCUGUGAAAUCCGCAAAAUCCGAGAAAACCGAAAAAUUGAAGAAAUUUGAGAAAUCCGGAAAAUCCGAGAAAUUCAAGAAAUUUGAGAAAUCCGAGAAAUCCGA